AAUCACUCACAAAGACAUGUUGAGUACCCUAACCAAAAGAUCUAACGUCCUGAGUAGGCGUUGGAGAUACUACACUACACUUUCAGGUUUAAAAUUAUCUAAAUCAAUCAGAAAUGAAGCAGCCAGAAAGGUUGAACAAAUCAGAAUUUCAUACCCAAAAUUUAGACCAACUUUGAAGAUUAUUCAAGUUGGAUCCAGACCAGACUCUACUACUUAUGUCAAUAUGAAGCUUAAGGCUUCCAAAGAGUCCGGAGUUGAUUGUAUUAUUGAAAAAUUGGAUGAAAACAUCUCAGAAUUAGACCUUUUGAAUAAGAUUGAUCAAAUCAAUCAGGAUGACUCGAUACAUGGUUUAUUGAUUCAAUUACCAUUACCAAAGCAUUUGAAUGAACCAAAGAUUACCAAUUUUGUUUCCGAUGAUAAAGACGUUGAUGGGUUUGGUCGUUAUAAUAUUGGUGAACUUUCCAAAAAAGGUGGUGAUCCAAAAUUUAUUCCAUGUACCCCAAAUGGUUGUAUGAAACUAUUGGAAGAAUCUGGUAUUGAAUUAUCUGGUAAAAAUGCAGUUGUCUUAGGUAGAUCUGAUAUUGUCGGUAUCCCUGUUGCUUCUUCGUUACAAAAGAAAAAUGCAACAGUUACAAUUUGUCAUUCAAGAACUAAAAAUAUUGCUGAAAUUUUGAAAACUGCUGAUGUUGUCAUUGCCGCUAUUGGCCAACCAAAUUUUGUUAAAGGUGAGUGGUUAAAAGAAGGUGCUGUUUUGAUUGACGUCGGUAUCAAUUAUAUCCCAGAUUCAUCCAAAAAAUCUGGUCUCAAAUUAGUUGGUGAUGCUGAUUUUGAAACUUGUAAAAGUAAAACAUCUUUCAUCACUCCAGUUCCAGGUGGUGUUGGUCCAAUGACUGUUGCGAUGUUGGUUCAAAAUGUUUUACUAGCAGCUGAAAGACAAUUAGCUAGAGAUCAAUCCUUACCACAAUUUUCUCCUCUUCCUUUACAAUUAGAAACCCCUGUCCCAUCAGAUAUUGCCAUUUCAAGAGCUCAAACUCCAAAGUUAAUCAAAGACGUCGCUGAAGAAUUGAAGUUGAAAGAAAAUGAAUUAGAGUUAUUUGGCCAUUACAAAGCCAAAAUCAACUUGAAGGCAUAUGAUCGUAUUAAAGAUCGUAAAGAUGCCAAUUAUGUUUUAGUUGCAGGUAUCACCCCAACUCCUUUAGGUGAAGGUAAAUCAACCACCACCAUGGGUCUUGUUCAAGCCUUGUCUGCUCAUUUACACAUUCCAGCUAUUGCUAAUGUUAGACAACCAUCUAUGGGUCCUACUUUUGGUGUCAAAGGUGGUGCAGCUGGUGGUGGUUAUGCUCAAGUUAUUCCAAUGGAUGAAUUUAAUAUGCAUUUGACUGGUGAUAUCCAUGCCAUUGGAGCUGCUAACAAUUUACUAGCUGCUGCUAUUGAUACCAGAAUGUUCCAUGAAGCUACACAAAAGAAAGAUGAGACUUUUUAUAAGAGAUUAGUCCCGGUUAAAGGUGGUUCAAGAAAAUUCACUAAAUCAAUGUUGAAGAGAUUGAACAAAUUAGGUAUCAAUAAAACUAACCCAGACGAGUUGACCCCUGAAGAAAUCAAAAAAUUUGCUAGAUUAGACAUUAACCCAGAUACCAUCACUAUCAAACGUGUUGUUGAUGUUAACGAUAGAUUUUUACGUCAAGUUACUAUUGGUCAAGCUCCAACUGAAAAAGGCUUCACUAGAAAGACUGGGUUUGAUAUCACAGUUGCCUCUGAAUUGAUGGCUAUUUUAGCUUUAUCCAAUGACUUACAUGACUUACAAAAAAGAGUUGGUAACAUUGUCAUUGCUUUGAACAAUGAUAACGAACCAGUUACUGUUGAUGAUUUAGGUGCAGCAGGUGCAAUUAGUGCUUUAUUAAAAGAUGCUGUUAAACCAACAUUAAUGCAAACAUUAGAAGGUUCACCUGUUUUGAUCCAUGCUGGUCCAUUUGCAAACAUUUCUAUCGGUGCCUCAUCUGUCAUUGCUGAUAAAUUGGCCUUGAAACUUGUUGGUUCAAGCUCCAGUGAUCCAUCUGAUCAAAAAGGUUUUGUUGUUACUGAAGCUGGUUUUGAUUUCACAAUGGGUGGUGAAAGAUUUUUGAACAUUAAAUGUCGUGCUUCAGGUUUAGUUCCAAACACUGUUGUUUUAGUUGCAACUAUUAGAGCUUUGAAAUUACACGGUGGUGCUCCAAAUGUCAAACCAGGUCAAUCAUUACCAGAUGAAUAUUUGCAAGAAAACUUGGAUUUAGUUAGAAUCGGUACUGCAAAUUUGGCAAAACAAAUUGCAAAUGUUAAGAAAUUUGGUGUCAAUGUUGUUGUUGCCAUCAAUCAAUUUAAGAAUGAUACCGAAGCUGAAGUCAAUUUGGUCAAACAAUUAGCUAAAGAAGCUGGUGCGUUGGAUGCUGUUGAAAGUAAUCAUUGGGAAGAAGGUGGUCUUGGUGCUGUUAAAUUAGCAAAAGCUGUUGUUGAAUCUGUUAAACAUUCAAAUCCUGAAAAAUUUAAUUUCUUAUAUGAUGUUAAUGAUUCUGUCGAAGGUAAAUUAUCUUCAAUUGUUACAAAUCUAUACAACGGUUCAUCCAUCAAGGUUUCUGAACAAGCUGCAGCUAAGAUCAAAACUUAUGAAGAACAAGGUUUUGGUAACCUGCCAAUUUGUAUCGCAAAGACUCAGUACUCUUUAUCACAUGAUGCUAAUUUGAAGGGUGUUCCAAGUGGAUUUGAAUUUCCAAUCAGAGAUAUCAGAGCAUCAAUCGGUGCUGGAUACUUGUAUGCAUUAGCUGACGAAAUACAAACAAUUCCAGGUUUACCAACCCAUGCUGGUUACAUGAAUGUGGAAGUCAGUGAAGAUGGUGAUAUUGAAGGAUUAUUUUGAAAUGUAUAUUAAUAUGGUUUAUAUUUAAAAGGGG